CUCAUUUUAUUCCAUAUGUAUUUUUUUUUUAGUAAAUAAACAAAACUUUUGGCCCUGCUGCUUCAAAAAAGAACAAUAAUUAUUAUUUCUUAAAACAAUCAUGAUAAACUAAAUAAUCAAAUCAAUAAUGGCUUUGUCAUUAAUCCUAAGGACCUGUAGUAGAUCUAAAUUAAGCUGUAAACUCACUCACCCAGCAAUUUCCUAUUCAAAUUCAAGUGGCGAAAAACCAAACGAAAUACGAAAAUCGCACGAAAAAUCGGUUUACAAACGCGAGGAGGCGAAACGAAUCCGUUUUUACAUAUUAAAUCGUUUCAUCGAGUACUUGAAAAACUAUGACAAAGUUUUGGAGAAGAAUUUUCCAACCACUAUGAAAACCUACAAGGUUUUCACAGAGGGAACUUGGAGCUUUAUUGCAGACACCAGGCACUAUUUCAAAAUAGUAGCUAUGCUAAAUAGUUCCAAAGGAAGCUACACAAAAUUACUAAGAAGAGAAAUCGAGCUGCAACAUCAAAUGCCAAAAGAUAUAACCAAAGUUGCACCUGUUCUACUAUUUUCCACUCUACCUUUUGCUUUUUACAUUCUUUUGCCUCUCAUUUAUGCUCUACCCAAGCAACUGCUGACUUCACAUUUUUGGACCGAGGAACAAAAGGUGAAAUUUGAAACUGAAUAUUUACAUGACAGACUUGUACAUAAUAAACCAGUCUUUAGACAUCUUCAAUCGCAAUUGAAGUUUAUAAAACACCAUAGGAAAAAUAGAGAUUUGUAUGAAAAAUGGAAUAAAACGUUAGGGUUGUUGGGUAGUGGCGAUCAGCCUACUAUAGAAUGUAUUUUAGCUUGUAAAGAGCUUUUUAAAGAUGAGCCUUACCAUUUAUUAUAUUUAAGUAGAAAUCAUGUGUUUCACCUUUUGAGGGUCCAUGGCAUUCACGCUGGUUGGUUUCGAAGAACAAGAUUAGCUGAUAGGGCUCUUGGUUUAAUUGAAAUGGAUCGGGCAAUAAUGAGGGAAGGAGGUGUGCACAAUUUGCCUUUAGAAGCUUUAAGGAAGGCUUGUUACCUCAGAGGAUUUCACACUAAAGAUGUAUCUCAUAAGUGCCAAAUUCAAUGGUUGACCGAUUGGAUUAAAAUAUCUUCAAAUACUGAUAAAGAUAGUUUGUCUUUGUUGCUACAUGCGCCUAUAUUUUUGGGGUAUAAUGAGCCUAGUAAUUGGAGAUUAUUACAUCCUGAAAGGGUUUAAUUUAUAAUUUUUUGGUUUAUUUCUAGUCAAAGGAAAACCGGUGAUCAAUUAAUUACAAAUUUAAGUUUGUUAGACUAUUGUUUUUUUGGCUCAAGACAUCAUAAAUUAAUUACAUUCUAAUAAUAAGACAAGAAAAUAUUUGUUUUAGUUUUUUUUUUUUCAAUAUUUAAUUUGCUGAUCUGUGUUAUAGUAUGCUAUAAAAUAAAUUGU